UAAGCUCCCUCUACCUCUCUCCCUAAGCCUACCCCAUCUCAAAAUAGAAAAAAGAAACUCUCCCACAAUACAAACACAGACACAGAGAAAGAAAAGAAUAAUGGGUGAGUGUAAACGCUGCUGCUCUCUCACAGUUCUGGCCAUGGAAGAACCUUCUUCAAGCCAACAUUCCAUUUUCAAAAAAAGAAAAACCACCGCUACUGCUGCUCAUUCCACUUCCUUCCAGUUAUGCUCUUCCGAUAUGCAGUUUCCCCACACUAUCGUCUCGCCGGAAGUUUCAUUUAGUUCCGCCUGCACGGUUGUUUCCGGCGAGUUUUGCUCCGAUCGCUCCUGCUGCAGCUCCAGCCACGUUAAGGACCUCCACUCCGUGCCGUCAGAUCUGCAGACCAAGGGUUUCGAAACGGUAGAAGACUCAACCAGCCUCAAUUUCAAAUCGUUCAGUUUGUUGAGUGAGUUUUCCGGAGACUCGGAGGAAUCGGCGAUGAUUCCGGCGAAGUCUUCCGCGGCGGUGCUGAAAGUGAAGGCGCCGCCGAAGGCGGAGAUCGAAGAGUUUUUCGCGAUGGCUGAAAAGUACGAGCAAAAACGGUUCACAGAGAAGUACAACUUUGAUAUUGUUAGAGAUUUGCCGUUGGAGGGUCGCUACCAGUGGGUUCGUUUACAUUGAAUGCCUUCAAUGAGAGAGAGAGAGAUAGAGUUUGCAUUUUUAGUUUUAGAAAGAGAAAUGGAGGUUGAUGAGAGGGUGAGUUUGUAGUGUAUGUUUAGCCAUUGGAGUACACUGGUGAGGAAGCUAACCUGACACGAGGUAAAACGAAAACGAGCAUGCAACUUUUGUUGGUUGCUCUGAAAAGACGGUGCUAGUGGUAGUGGUGAUGGGUUGGUUUAUGUAUAGCUAACUGUUUUCUCUUUCUUUUUAUGUGGGAUACAACAAGGUGGCUUUUCUGCAAACUCUGCACUCAGAAUAGAACUAGUAGAACCUUCUUUGUGAGGUGAUGAAGAAAAAGAAAGAAAAGGAAAAAGUAACUAAAUUGGGUUUUGUGGGAAAUAUACAAAGAACACAAAAAUUCCUGCUAUGAAAAAAUAUUGGUGAUCUAAAAUAUGGGUAUUGUGGGAAAUAUUAAUUGUUGUUUGGUAAUUUUCUAUGAAAAGUGUCUUUUCUUCGA